AACAGCCUCUCUCUGCCCCGCUGCAAUAAAGGCAGAUAGCGGACCAUGGGGAGCAGGGGAAAACUUUUUAUACUGACAUGUUAGCGCAAUGACUUUUGAGUAACAUCAAACUGGGACGAGGCUCCCGGCGUGAGGAGGACAGGGCCCUUUUACGGGAACAAAAAAGGAGCACUUGCCAUCUGCCGGGGAAACGGGAACGAAAAGCAAGCAGAGAGAGUUGAGACCAGUCCAAGAAAUCAGCGGUGGAAAAUCCAGUUUAGCCAUUUGAAUUGAAAGAUGAGCUUGUUGUCUGCCAUAGACACGAGUGCCUCCGUGUACCAGCCUGCGCAACUCCUCAACUGGGUCUAUCUCUCCUUGCAAGACCCCCACCAGACCAGCGCCUUUGACGCAUUCAGACCCGAACCCAACUCUUCCCACCCGGAUCUCAGUUUCAGCAAGACUCCCGCAGCGGCGGACUUGAGCUCUUCCCUGAACUCCAACUAUCUCAACAACUUCUUUCAGCUGCAGAGGAAUGAGGCCUUAAACAACAACGUGUACAAGAAUGUGUCACCCUAUGGCUCCCUGAACAACAUCGUGGAUGGACUCAACUCCCUGACGGACCAUUUCUCAGACCUUUCCCUCUCUUCAGAGCCAAGAAAACCAAACAAAAGACCCCCGCCCAACUACUUAUGCCACCUGUGCUUCAACAAGGGCCACUACAUCAAAGACUGCCCUCAGGCCAGACCCAAAGGUGAAGGGCUGACACCCUACCAGGGGAAGAAGCGAUGUUUUGGAGAGUAUAAGUGCCCCAAGUGUAAGAGGAAGUGGAUGAGUGGCAACUCCUGGGCCAACAUGGGACAAGAAUGUAUCAAAUGCCACAUCAACGUCUAUCCACACAAACAGCGCCCCUUAGAGAAGCCGGACGGCCUGGAUGUGUCUGACCAGAGUAAGGAGCACCCGCAACACCUGUGCGAGAAAUGUAAAGUCCUGGGCUACUACUGCCGCCGUGUGCAAUAAUCAUCUUUAAUCAGAGAAAGAGUCAGAGAGCAACUUUUGUGUCCCAAGUCCUAUUGCUCAUUCUCCAUCAAGGCUGUUAACUUCCUCCCUUUACAUUAAGGUUUCCCUCAUCCCUGCCCUGCACACAGCAUGGCGUCCUUUCCUCCUCACGUCUUCCCCUCCUUCUCUCAGAUGCCUCAAAUAUAGACAGUAGCUCUAAUCCUUCCUGUCCCUCUUCUCAACCACCCGUGGAUUUUUAAUCAUUAUGCUUUUUUCCCAAUGACAGUAUUGAAGAUUUCAUCCAGGAAUGAGACGUUAACUUAGGAUCAAUCUCUCAAAAGUGCUCUUCAUCAAAAGCAAAAACUCGCCAAAAUCAGUGACUUUUUGUGCCUCAUGCAUCAGAAACCACAUAACCCCACUGAUCCAACCUGAUGUUUAACAACAGCUAAUCAUAUAUCGAUGAAUUAGCGUCAUUUGAGUCACUGACAGUAUUGGUCUCAAUAGAUUACCUCACCUUGGGGUUUGUUGGCUUUGUGUUUACAGAGAUCUGCCUUCCAUUUCCCUGCCAAGUGAAGUGUGUGGUAAUGUGACGAACGUUUAACCCGGGCCUCUCAUGACGGUAUAAUGUAUUCGAGGCCUUUGAUGUCUUGCCGUAUUUGGGUCAACAGCACAUCUUAUUAACUGUGAAUUAACUGAGGGACAAUGUGCCAUACAUCCCUAGCUUACAUUUGGCCUAUUUAUUUUCUUGUUGUCUAGUGUGCAAUUUGAAUUUUAACUGGGACAUAAAGAAAUGUUUUGUAUGUUUGUAUAUCACAUUAUUGUGUAACUGCUUCCACGUGUCUUUAGAAACUACUGUAGGUUCAGUCGCUCCUCUUCUAGAUUUAGUGCGUUGCUAACAGAUAAGGUUUCAUUCACCCUCCCUGAAGUAUUUUUGUUGCCACACAAAGUUAGUACAGUUAUCUAUAGUGUUAGAUAGGUGUGUAUGUUAGAUAGGUAAGUUGUGUUAAUUUUGAAAUCCCAAGAAGGUCAGCUGAGAAGGAAAACAGCUCUAGUUUUAGUAACAAUAAUCUUGCCGUCCACGCAGUUUGAGUUGAAUAUUCAGUUUUUCAAAGCACUUGAAAAAAAAAUCAACUGCUUGCUACAUUUUGAUUGCAAUUAUAAAACAGGAUUUUAGAAGUUUAAGUGUUCACACGUAAAGCCCAUAGACUGUUUAUAAAGAUGAGCGACUUCUAUCGACUUCUUCCAAAAUAUUCCGACACUGGCGCUGCCAUCUAGUGCUGGUCACGUCAUUUGGAGCCUGAGUCCGCACUGUAGCGAUAUGCAAAUGUAGCCAUAGUAUCUACGGUCCGCCUCUAUACCCAUCUGACUCAAUUGUGAGUCAACCCCCUUUUUAUAGCAUCAAAUAACUAAUUAAAACCAAACUUAAGAGGGAUUUAUACUUGUGCAUCAGCUCUAAGCAGAGCCUAUGCCAUUGUGAGCUUUCAUACUUGUGCGGUGGUGUGUUUGUGUCACUCUGCAGUUACACCUCCAAAAAACUAGUCAGCUGUGUGCUUUCUGUGAAAGCUGAGUUGAUUCAAAACACACAUUAAACAUGGCUUAAUAGCUACGAUUUCUAACACAAGUACACAAAUCAGCUUCAUUAUAACUCGCAGCAUUCACAGAUAAAGCAUGUGUCUUUUGCUGGACACAUUUUCCCCACAAAUACAACAUGCUAAUGUUUUUAGCACAAGGCUAUGGCAUUUUACAUUGUGUAAAUUAGCCUAGCAGCUAACAGACUUUUCCUGUAGGAUAUGAAGCCAGGGACAACAGCAACAUUUAAAAAAAGUAACAUUACAAAAUUCAGCUCCAUUACAACUCACAAAACAACUGUUGUAUACUAAACAUGUUUUCCAAACAAAUAUAACAUGCUAACGUUAUUAGCACAAGCCUAUGGCAUUUUACAUUGUAUAAAUUAGCCUAGGGACUAGUGGACUUUUUCUCCACUCAUGUGAAGCCAGGAUAAAUCACACAAGAGACUUAAGAUGCUAUUUUUGUGUAGGUUUAAUUGUUUUCACAAUUUAUUGUUUCUUAUCUGUGAAAUUAAAGUAUAUAAAAGCUUUGUUUCCACUGAGGGAAAUGGUUUCUGCUCACAAAAAUAGACAGGAGGCCUGCGUCGCCGCAACGUGUACAUUUCUGGGGAGGUGCACAUCAGGCUACAGCAUAGGGUCCAUAGGUACGGGGAUGAUUUUAUGCAGACGUAUAAAUCCCGCAUUACUCUGCAGCCAGCCACCAUGGGGCUGUCGAGAUGUUUUGGCUUCACUUUUGGGGACCUGUCAUGCCGUUCAUCUCUAUAUACAGUCUAUGAUUAGAUGUAACCACUCUGAUUAGAUUCCAAUUUCAAAUUAGUCAAAUAAAAAAGCAGAUUUUGGUUUGACAGAGAAUCAAAAAGACAUUUUAGUUCACAUUUAAGUGCCAGUUGAUGCCUGGCUGCCAAAGUGGAAUCAAUGAAGCUAAACAGAAACUUUCCAAGAGCUUGCACCCUUAAAAACUAUGUCCAACAAUCGAAUGCAGUGUAAAGAGUGUCGAGAGGGAAGUGAAGUUUUGCAGAACUGCAAUGAUUUUCAGGUUGGUUGAGAAAAAUAAGAUUUGAUAUUGGAGGGCUGAAUGUGAAGUGUUGAUGCUGAAGAAUUAAGGAUAUAUAGAAAGUGAUGAUGAAUUCAGUUUAGACUUAUAUUAUUUUUUAGGAAUAUAAGUGCCUACUAUUAUAAACCAAUGUCUUUAAAGAGCGAGAAGGACACAUCCUGUUUACAUAUAUCACAGUGCAUAUCUAAAGCACUACAGAGGAAAGUAAUGUAGUUUUGAUAGAAACCUGCCUUUCAAGGAACCUUAGCAUAGGAAUUGUGAACUAUUGUAUAUGUACUGUAUUUCUAGCCUUAUAAAAGCUGGUUGACUAUAUAUUUUAUACUGUAACAUACUGUAUGUGCCUUAAAAAGAUUUACAUCAUUCUGAAGUAUCAGGACUAGGAGGCUGAUUGAAAUUGGGAAAAGUCAAGUGGGGGUAGGCCCAGAAACAGAGCAGUUUUAGUGCAUGUGGUAACUGUGAUGCAUAGUAAGUUUAACGCAGGUUCAAGAUGUGACAAAGGACAAGAAAUUGAUGUAGUUCCUCUAUUAGUUUGAACUGGCAUGGUGGGUGUUCGCUUCAACACAGUUUGCUGAGUUGGAGGCACGGGCUGAAACAGCAUUUCCAGCUGGCAAUAACAAUCCUACUGCGGUCUGUUGUCAUGGAAUAUCCACAAAGAUGUUAUUUCUUAGUCGAUCAUCACAACAGACCGGAGUCGCGCAUGAAACUGUGGACCUCACUCUUUGUUUCUUUUAUCUAUUGUAGUUGUGUUUAUCAAAGGAACUGUGGGUUUUGUCAAAAAAUAUACAUGGUCGCUGGCCUCAGUGGGAGAGCUCGUAGUGGCUGAUUAUGGUACCUUACAGUUUUGGGAAAUUUAGCUAAAUUCCAUCUGUGAAGUUAAAGGGGCACUCCAGAGCAGAUCCACAAAGUUGGAAGGCUUGCGAGAGACACAAAAAUACCUGAUAUCAAUGUAGCAGAGGCUGAGAUAACAAUACCUUUAUUCCCUGGUAUGGCUCAAGCUUCAAAUAUGCUGGAUCCUACCUUUCCCAUAAUGCAACUCAAUAGCAUUUUUCAGCAGACUUCCACCGCCUGAUGAAUGCCCCAGUCUUUCAAACUCUUAAUCCCCAGUUUGUAACGCAGGCUUUUUGUUAAAAAUGUGUCUCCAAGCCCAAGCUGAGAUAAGCGUGAUGACACCAUUAUGACAUCACCAGGGUUAUUUUCUAAGGCUACAUCCACACUAAUACGCUUUCGUUUGAAAACGCACUACUUCUGCUACAUUUUUGCAGAGCGUCUACAUGACUCCAGUGUUUCUGAACCCCUAACCCCCCUUUUGAAAACAACUGUAAACCUGUUAUUACUGACGGAGAUCAUUUCUGAAAUGGUGCUAGAACGCUCAUGUGUACGGAAAUCAUUUUAAUUUUAAAAUCAAAUUGAAUUAAGCCCCUUUCACACAUGCACUGCAAACCUGAAAUCUUCUAGACAUUACCCAAAAGAGCUGUAUGCAAAGGCAUGUGUCCACAGUGGGGUUUUUUUAGUAGAAAAGCACUCAAAGAGUGCGUCAUCCCAGCGAUUCAUAAAAAACAAACAGUAUCUUGACAGUAACAUUAGCUAGGUAGCUAACGUGAUGCUACAUUAACAGAGGGUUGACACAAUUUACUUUAAGCUUACAAAGCUAACGAUGAUAGCAUACACUUGCUCCUUAUUGAUUCAUUUUUAUUUUCUGUAACCACUUAUCCUGCUGGGGGUUGUGGGGGGGCUGGAGCCUAUCCCAGCUGACACUGGGCAAGAGGCGGGGUACACCUUGGACAGGUCACCAGACUAUCACAGGGCUGACACAUAGAGACAGACAACCAUUCACACUGACUUUCACACCUAUGGACAAUUUAGAGUCACCAAUUAACCUGCAUGUCUUUGGACUGUGGGAGGAAGCCGGAGUACCCCGGAGAACACCCACGCUGACACAGGCAGAACAUGCAAACACCAUACCGAACCCCCCACCCUGGAUUUGAAUCUGGGACCCUCUUGCUGUGAGGUGACAGUGCUAACCACUGCACCACCGUGCCACUACUCAUUGAGAACAACUGGGAACAAAAAUAAUAAAGAAGACACUGGCGCUGAGGAAAAAAAGCCAUGUUGACACAGGCCCUAAGAUCACAGACGUCCAAAUCAGUUGAAUCAGACAUUAAACAGAUUUUACCCUCCCAGCUCCCUAGAACAAAAUCCGUGUAAUGUCCAAUUGAGCCCAUGUGUGAAUAGAGCACGUAAUAGUCUGCAGAAUGGGUUAAUCGAUGAUGCUUCUAUCAUGAGGCUUGCACAAAACUAGAAGAAAGAAAACAUGCAAGGGUGAAGAAGACGGGUCAUUUACGCGAAAAUGGCAGUGAAAAUGCGUGACCGAAGAGAUGACAUGCUUCGUAAAUUCUGUCGGUAAAGACUGAAGCCGAAAUUGUCAGACAAAUUAAAGAAACAGUACAAGACUCAGAUAUGUGACCGCGGUGUUAUCCUCAUCGUGUCCUGCCUCCGGCACACUCUACCCAGGCACCAAGCCUUGCCCAAACCAAACAGAGUCUUCCCGGUAGGUGUGAAUGUCUCUGACACGGACGAUUUCCCGUUGUGUGAAGCAUGUGUGAACGGGAAAUUCUGGACAAUGUCUGGACCUGAUUCUCCGGACACUGAUAGGAGAAACUGACUUUAGUGUGGAUGUAGCCUGAGACUUGACAAAGCUCCUCCAGAGCUACAGAAGACAUAAGACAACUCAUACUCCCUGUGAUGAGUAAAGUAAACCUUGCGAGUAAAACUGGUGGAGUGCUCUGUUUAAAGGAAGGAAUUUGCGUAUCUUUAUCACCAAAAGUUAGAGACCUAAUCUGAAUGAAAGACUCUCCUCGUAGCUGGGAACAAUCCAUUUUUCUUACUGUUAACAUCGUCUUUCUUUUUGCUCUGUGUGAUGACAUUAACCUAAAAAGGUCUUUACAUCUAUCGUCCACAUCAUACCGUGUGGCUGUAAUGAAAGGAUACCAAUGAUGCCUUAUGAACUAACCUCAUAAACAAGUAACAAUGUUAUUGUGAUUCACCGUGUUCUGGCAGAAUAAAGAGAAAUCCUGUUAGAGAGUUUGAUUCAGCCCAGAGACAUGAUCUGAGGAGGCCAUUUUAAAUGGCAAAUCAAGAGCCAAUGGAAGCAGUUGAUACAAUAGAUUUGAAGAAAAAAAAUCUGCCUUCAGACGUAAUGUCUUGAAUUUCAUAUACUUGACUUUUCUAGUACCUUUUCAGUUCAAAUUUGUUAUUUUCUAUGAAUGAGAUGUGUAUUUUGGAACACUUAAUAGAUGUUGAAAAUUUUAAAGCAAUCUGCAAAACUCAAGAGUUAAAUCCCUGACAAAGAUAAGACUGUUGUUAUGUAUAUAUUUGAUGGCCAUCAUUAUCAAGGAUAGUAGCUCUUUUAAAGUGUUAUGCAAUAUUGAAGCUUUUUUGUGUGUGUGAAGAAGGGCCUAUUGCUGAGAAAUAAACAAAGCUGGGAGUUUUUUUUCUUUAUGUUUUACAAUAAUCUGAGGGGUUUAUCCUGCAGAAAUAUUUAUGGAAAGAUUUUUUACAACACUUUUUGUAUAGAAUAUGCAACAAAGUUACACUAAGAAGGAAAUAUUGAUGUCUACAUAGAAUAUUAUGAAAUGAAAAAAAUCGCUGGUACAUAAUUAAUACCCUUUCUCAAUUAUAAGCCAUUGUAUUUUUUGUGUGUUUUGUUUUAUGAUGUUAUCAGUGUUGAAUAACCCACAAUGUUAUUCAGUUGCUAUAUGUAACUAAUUACGAGCUGCCAUUUACAUCCAUACAGUCGCAUGUAUUCAUUUUGUAAACAAUAUUAUGAAGAUAUGUAUUGUGUUAACAUGCAGAAAUCUUUUUUUUUUCCUCUUAAUUAGUGACGGAUACUCACCACUGUAUAAGCACGAUAAACUGUGAGAUGUAGUUUGCUUAAAGCAGCAAUGACAAGAAACUAUUAUAAGAUGUUACGUUGUUAUUAGUAGUUUAGGGGAGUGUAUACUUUUGUCAAGAAAGCGUGUGUGACAAAGAACUAUUUUAGAGUUUGCAUGUGCAUGUGUUUGGUUUUGGAUGAAACAUUAUUUUGUGCAAUGUAUACUUAUUUAAAUAGUUUGCUACAGUACAUAUUGUUUUUAACAUUAUCAGCAACUUCUGAUUGUUAGUAGUCCUGAAGUAUUUCAUUUACCGCUAGUGUAGCCUCUACGAAUAAUACAUAUUUACUGAAUGUAAUGUGUUAACACUUAUGUGGUCAUCUUGGAAAAGUUAUGUUUGUAUUCUUUACUGUCGAUGUUUGUAUUGCAAUAUUGCAAUAAUGUAAUAUUUGAAUUGGACAGAACACAGGCGUGAGGUAGGGAAGACAAUGAUUUUUUGGGGGAAACAAGGACAGUCAUGGUUUCGAGAGUAGACCACAGGUCUGUUUUUCAUGUCCAUGAAACGGCAUUCCAAAAUGUGCCUUAUUUGUUAGUUGGGAAAACAUUUUAGUGCUUUAGUGCUGUCGAGAGUUUGAUGAAUUAAAGUCAUAUUGAAUUAGGA